AUGUCAUCGCCAUCCUACAAGCGAGUAUGCCUCCUGCGCAACGAGGAUGCGACUCGAUGCUCCAAACUCGUCCUCAAUUGUCUCAAGAAUCCAGAUGCAGCCCUUUUGGUGGAAGAGUUCAUCGUCGACCCUCCCCAGAGAUUUGGGCGCUUCAUGAACGGCGAGCCAGAUCCUGCUCUGGAUGAUGGGGACCAUGAACUGGUGGUCAAAUACAUCGAGAGCCUUGGGGUCAGAGACGAUAUGAAAACCAAAAUCCUGGAAGGGGUCCCGAGAAAGAAAGACAAGGCGAAAUCUGAGGUCAACACCCAGGAUGAUGAGCCCCCAGCGAAGCGCAUCCGUUGGAACUCGGGAUGGCCGAAUAUUCCUCACUACCAUGAGGCCCUGGCCAUUCUCGUUAUUUCGCUUUGUCCCAACAUCAAACGGCUCCGCCUCAACCCGGAGACCUUCAUACUGGGCACCUUGCUGGACGAGUACCUCGUCCAAAACAACUAUGGGGAAAUCACCGAACCCACACUUCAGAGACUCGAAGUUGUCCAUAUGGAAGCCAUUAAUUACGGCAUUAGUGAUGGGUGCAACUACGACACUGUCAGAUCCCUUAGCUUCUUUCGCUACUUUCAUCGUCUGCCGUCAGUUUCUACCGUCAAAAUCGAGGCUAUCUCAGACUAUCAGCCCGACAAUACGUCCUUCCCGCCCAAGUCUUCUACGAUUUCGAAAAUUACCAUUGGUCACUCUGAUAUCUCCGGGGCCAUUCUCAGCAGCAUCAUCCGCAUCCCCCAGGCUCUCACUCACUUUUCCUUUUCCAAUGCCGGGCUUUGGAACACCGAUGGCGCGUAUACAUACGACGUGAAACCCAAGACCGUGAGCAAGUGUCUUCUGCAGCACAAGGACAGCCUGCAGGUUCUGGAUUUGGACGCUCGACUCUAUGAUCCCUCGAAGUACGAUAAGCACCGCCCGGCCUUGUUGGAGCACCAGAAGGAUGAAUACCCUGAGUACUAUUAUGGCAGAUAUGGAAGUAGUCAGAGUGACACCGGAAGAGGAAGAGGUCGCACUCCUCCGCCGGAUGCAAAAUAUCUCGAUUUGGAUCGAUCGUUCAGUGGGGAGAAGGAGGAAGACCUGCCUCUCUAUGCGGUGGAUUUGCCAGACACGUUUGACUACGAAGGCGGGUCGAUUGGCUCCAUGAAGGACUUUACCAAGCUGACAGACUUGAGCAUUAGAAUUGGAAAUAUACUUGGCUACGAUGACACAUGCAAGUACAAAGUCACGAUCCGUACUCUCAAGCAUCGACUUGUUGAUCUUUUGCCGCCGAAUCUGGAGAGUUUGAAGUUGUAUGGCUACGAGAAGGGAAAGUUUGCUCAAGUUGAUGCACAUGUCGAUGAACUGCUGGCGCAAAAGGAAGAGAAGCUUCCCAAUCUCAAGACCAUCCAUGGUCUUGAUGAGUGCAUACUUGGUGUAGCCGGGACAUACCCGGCUGAGCUGGGCAACUCUGAGCUUUGGCAGAGGCCCUGUGAGGGUUUGAAAUGGGUUGAAGUUGAAACGGAUGAUGACGAAGCAGAUCCCUGAUGGAGUGAAUCUAUCAAGUAAAGGCUGUGUUCACGCCGUUUCACGAUUUGCAUGCGUUUUGGGUAAUACAACAAUCACAUCAUCAUCUUGAAACUGCGUACUUCACAGCAACAUCAGAAGUUCUUGAUUGUCUGACGCUCGCAAAGCGUGGAAAUGUACAUCAUGGCGUUCGGACCGUCGUCCGCGUCAUUCACUAGCCUUUCAGGAAGCAAUGUAGAAAGUAAAUAUAAGCAAUCGACAUCCACCAC